CUCAGCUGUCAUUGCUGUCAGCUGAUUACUUAGAAAAAUUCGUCAUGUUUUUAUUUAUUGAGUGAAUCAUUUGUUUAAAUUAUUGUUCUUGGGCCUUGGCUCUCCAAUUUGCAAAAUAAAAUAUCUGUACUGCAAUAAAGAAAAAAUAUAGUAAAAUGUUUUCUAGCAGCCCGAAUUAUACAAAACUGAAGACUAACUUGAGAUUGGCCAUCACCCGGCUCAAAUUGCUGGAAAAAAAGAAAUCCGAACUAACGGAGAAAUCCAGACGAGAAAUUGCUGAUUAUAUUUCAGCCGGAAAAUAUGAACGGGCCAAAAUAAGAGUGGAAUUUAUUAUUAGGGAAGAUUAUUUGGUAGAAGCACUGGAAAUAGUAGAAAUGUAUUGCGACUUACUAUUGGCAAGAUUUGGUCUGAUUCAGAACAUGAAAGAACUUGAUGAGGGCAUAGCUGAAGCUGUGUCCAGUUUAAUUUGGGUAGCUCCAAGAUUGCAAUCAGAUAUACAGGAAAUCAAAGUUAUAGCAGACCUUCUCACUGCCAAAUAUGGCCAACCCUAUGCAGAGGCUUGCCGUAUUGAGUCAAUAGACACUUUAAGUACAAAGCUAAAGCACAAACUGUCCAUACAGAGUCCACCCAAAAUAUUAGUCGAAAAAUAUGUUAUUGAAAUUGCAAAUUCUUUCAAUAUUGAUUAUGAACCAGAUCCACAGAUUAUGGCAACAGAAAAAGGCCAUGACGCAAUGCUUAUCGAUUUAUCCGACAACAACAAAAAUAAUUUAGGAGGUGGAGGUGCUGGAGGAGGCAUGCCACAACCUCCAGGAUUUUUAGGGUAUCCACAGCCGCCCCUUCCACCAGUCUUGGAUCCACCCGCGUUUUCAUACCCACAUUAUCCAAAACUUGAGAAAGAUGGCAGCGGACCGUCGGCACCGCCACCAUUCAACUAUAAUAUUCCUCCUGAAAAUGAAGACAAGAAAUCAAACACUGAUUAUAUGGAUAGUUUGCCUACUUAUAGCAUGGUGUUUCCUGGUGUUGAUAAGGGUGGAUCUGGUUCUGGUGAUAUUAUACUGCAUGAUAAUAUUGAUGAGAACACCGACGAUAAACCUAAACCGCUACCCCGAACAAAAAUGAACAACGAUUUUGAUGUAAUGAAUUUGCCUUCGGUGCCAAAUGUCCACCUUCCUGGACCGAGUGAUGCUAGCAAAGACGAUGAAAUCGAUUUCGAUGACCUCACAAGGAGAUUUAACGAGCUUAAAAAGAAAUAUUAGCCAAAACUAUUAUUAUGUAAAUUUAAAGGCCUUAAUAAUAUAAUAUAAUUAGCAAAAAUGUUAGCUGGUACUUUUUCAGAAAUUAAAAAGCGUACUUUAGAAAAUUAUAAUUUUAUAUUUUAAUAUUUUGUGUUUAAUAUUAUAUUAAGAAUUACCUAUGUAUUUAGCUUUUGUGACAAUAAAAAGGUGAUUUUCUUGUUUUUUGUUCAAAUA